UAUGGUUUCCUUCCCUUCACAUCCAUGAGCUAACAACACUGAUAACACACGAUAAUACUUUUUUUACAUGGUUUCUUUCACUUUUUAUGAAUUCGUGGCGUGAUUCGGACUCCCGCACAGUUGCUGUCACUGUCCUUUUAAGCCUUUAACUGACUUAAGUCCACGUGUAUGGACUGAACAGAAUGCUAGCAUGUGUUAGCACACCACGGCAGGAAGUGAUCUGUUUAGCUCCGGCAGGUGUAGUGAUGAAGUCUAUUUUAUCGUCUUCAUACUAAUGAUCUUAUUUACUAACAUCUUUGUAAUGGAUACUGAGGGAAUAGUCAUUCGAAUAAAAACUCCUUUAGGGGACAUGGAUUCUUCCGUCGACUGCCCAUCGCUCCUAAACUUCAGUGACUUACUGGUAGCUAUCAGGGAUGUUAUGCCAGAAGCCACCGUCACUGCUUUUGAAUAUGAAGAUGAAGUUGGUGACAGAAUCACUGUAAGAAGUGAUGAGGAGCUAAAAGCCAUGUUGUCAUAUUACUGCAGCACAAUGAAUGAACAGCGCAUGAAUGGACAGCUGCCAGAUCCUCUACAGAUAUUUCCACGAGCCGGCAAGACUCCAGGGAUCCGGAACAUACAUGGCCUGAAGGUGAAUACACGGCCUAACCCAGGCAAUGACUGCACACAUGGUUUCACAGACCCUAUGACCAACAACAGCUUAAAGCAAUCGUCUGCUGAGCUGAAGCGUAUCCUAACAAAUGGACAAAUAAAUGCCCAAGAUAUUCAAUAUCAAGAGCAGCUUGGGCAAGGAAAUGGAGGAACGGUCUACAAAGCAUAUCAUCUACUUGGCAAGAGGGUUUUAGCUGUCAAGGUAAUUCCUCUUGACAUUACUGUGGAGCUACAGAAGCAGAUCAUGUCAGAGUUAGAAAUUCUCUACAAGUGUGACUCACCCUACAUCAUCACUUUCUUCAGUGCUUUUUUUGUGGAGAACCGGAUAUCCAUAUGCACAGAAUAUAUGGACGGUGGUUCACUUGAUGUGUACAAAAGAAUCCCUGAGCAUGUCCUAGGGAGGAUUGCUGUGGCAGUAGUGAAAGGCCUAACGUAUCUGUGGAGCCUAAAGAUACUUCACAGGGAUGUCAAGCCCUCCAAUAUGCUGGUGAACACCCGAGGACAAGUGAAGCUCUGUGACUUUGGUGUCAGCACUCAGUUGGUGAAUUCUAUUGCCAAAACAUAUGUGGGAACAAAUGCAUACAUGGCGCCAGAACGGAUAUCAGGGGAACAGUAUGGUAUCCAUGCAGAUGUUUGGAGUGUUGGAAUCUCUUUCAUGGAGCUGGCCCUAGGCAUGUUCCCAUAUCCACAGAUUCAGAAAAACCAAGGCUCUUUAAUGCCUCUUCAGCUACUACAAUGCAUCGUUGAUGAGGAUCCUCCAGUUCUGCCUGCUGGACAGUUCAGCGAGAUGUUUGUUCACUUCAUCACACAAUGUAUGAGACGACAGCCCAAAGAGAGACCUGCACCCAAUAACUUAAUGGAUCAUUCCUUCAUUGUACAAUACAAUGAUGGAAAUGCAGAGGUUGUGUCCAUGUGGGUUUGUUGCUGUUUGGAAGAGAGACGAGCGCAGCAGGCUGAAGGUCGUAACUUACGCCAUGAUGGACCAUGAUAUUUUGAGCCAAGCUCUUGAACCCCGAGAGGCUUCAAGGUCAUGUACUCUAUUUCCAUAUGCACUCUGAAAAUGACCCAACACACACGGAUGGAAAUCACGACAUACUUGAGACUUGGUGCAUCACUUUUGCGCAGUGGCAAGAGCUCACAUCCUUUGGAUCGCUUCCUAGGCUUUGAAUUUGGAGUGGAGACCCCUCCGGCAACGGUCUUCUUCUGCAGGAAAGGUGAAAAGAGAUCAAUGAAGGUAGCAUCAACAUUUAUGAUCACAAUAUGCUGACACUGUUUGUGGUGUUGUCUUAGAAAAGUGUCUUGGCAACCCAUUAAGUGAAUGUUCAAGUGCUUGCUUGUGACGAGGUCAUUCCCUUGCCCAUGUUACCAGUGGUGUCAUCGAUUGCUUCAGAUCAUGUCUGGAGUAGCAAGAUUUUAGGACUAAAUACAGGCGGUCCUCGUUUGAUGUUACCACGUUUUGUGAAAUGAUCUUCUACUUAGUAAUAGGUAAGCAGGGUAGUGGUAUCGUUAUUGAGGCGUUCUCAUUCCAAUAAGCCUUUCUCUCCCUCCUCCCAUUCCAGUUUUCUCUCUUUUACUGUUUCAUUUAAUUCCUGUAUUCUAUGUAUUCUUUUUAUGACUGUAUUUUAUGUGUAUUAAUUUAGGUCUAGGUUCCCAUCGCUAUCAUUGAAACGGAACUCGUGCAUUGCCCGAGGAUCCCCUGUAUAGCCAUUUACAAAAAAAAUGUUUAGCCCCAUUUGUUAGUGACAAACUUUGCUUUCUACCAAAGAAAGGGUUUUCAGCCCCAGACCCAAAUUAUUUUGUUACUCAUCCCAAUAAUCAUAUAUGGCCAUAACAUUGACCCAUGCUCCUAAAAUUAUAUAACAAACAGCCGACAUGGAUUUAUUAUAAGAUGAAAAUAUAAGCCUUUAGCCAAGAAUUGUAUGUCUGUUUGACAUUCGGGAAAACAACUUAAAUAAAUUUACCCUUGACAAUCAGAGACCAAAUAAAGAUUUAUCUAGCUCA